AUGGGUGACAACAAAAUCGGGCACGAUGGAGUGAUCCUCGACCAUGAGGUCCUGGGAGAGAAGGGCAAUCUCUCACACGAGGAGGCUAUGCAUUUUGGCGCCCUCACUGAAGAGGAGCUUGCCAUUGAGAAGAAGCUCGUGCGCAAGAUCGAUCUGCGCAUCAUGCCUCUGGUUGUUCUCGUCUACCUGAUGAAUUACAUUGACCGGAACAAUUAUGCUGCAGCUCGGCUACAAGGUCUUGAGGAGGACCUGAACUUGCGUGGAGAUCAAUAUCAAACUGGUCUUUCCAUCCUCUUCGUCAGUUACAUUAUCGCACAGGUGCCCUCCAACCUACUACUCAACCACCUCGGUCGACCCUCACUGUACUUGGGCUUUUUCGUGUGCGCCUGGGGCCUGGUUUCGGCCCUGACGUGCCUGGUCAAGAACUUUGCAGGCAUCGUCGUCGCCCGACUCAUGCUCGGUUUCAUGGAGGCACCAUUUUUCCCAGGCGUCCUUUUCUACCUAUCAAAGUGGUAUACCAAGAAAGAAUUGAACCUGCGAAUGUCGAUCUUCUACUCCGGCUCUCUCGUCAGUGGUGCCUUUGGAAAUCUCAUCGCAGCUGGUAUUCUUAGCGGUUUGGCCGGUGAGAUGGGCUUGUCAGCAUGGCAGUGGCUCUACAUCAUUGAAGGAGCCAUUACCGUCUUCAUUGGCAUCGUCAUCAUUUUCGUCCUUCCGGACUUCCCCAGCACGUGGAAGAGAUUGUCCCCCGAGAUGAAACACGUCGCCAACCGCCGCCUCGCGGUCGAAGCCGCCGAAGCGGACGUCGACGAGGCAGGCGGCAUGUCCCAACUGAAGGGCUUCAAACUGGCCAUGACUGACUCCAAGACCUACAUGCUGGCCAUCGCCUACAUGUGCAUCACCGGCGCGGCGGGCUUUCAGAACUUCUUCCCAACCCUCACGGCCACGCUGGGCUACAGCCGCAUCAUCUCCCUGCUGCUCUGCGCGCCACCGUACAUCUUCAUGGUCUUCUACUCGUUCGCCCACUCGGUCGUGUCGGACCGCAUGGGCAACCGCUUCUGGUUCUUCAUGUACCCGAUCCCCAUCACGAUCGUGGGCUGCGUCGUGUUCAUGACCACCGACUCCUUCGGCCCCCGCUACUUCAGCCUGUUCCUCCUGAUCUUCAUCUUCGCCAUGAACGGGACCUGCUACGCGUGGAUCGCGUCCGCCAUCCCGCGACCCCCGGCCAAACGCGCCGCCGCGUACGCCUUUAUCAACUCGAUCGGCAACUCCGCGUCCAUCUGGACGCCGUUUACAUAUCGGAAGCAGGACGCCCCGCACUAUGUCUUGGCCCUGGGCAUCUGUAUCGGCCUGCAGGUCGUCGCGGCCAUCAUGGGCGUGAGCAUGCGCAUCAAACUGAGCAGGCAGAACAAGCGGCUCGAGAGGAUGGAGAACGAGGACGUGCCGCUGACGGAGCGCGAUCUCGCAAAGUUGAGGAGGACGGCCGAGGUCGAGGGCAUCGACCUCGCGGCGGCCAGGAGGUUGCAGAAGGGGUACCGCUAUAUGAUCUAA